GUUUGGGUUGCGGCCACGGUUCAGCGGCGGUCGGUGGAAGUUUGGCUCACGUUGAGCUGGGGAGUGGACGGAGGCAGGUUAUCUUCUGUUGAUUUUAUUUCCCCACGUACAAAACAAAACAUUUCAAUCGAGUGAAACCAUGGCUUCGAAAAAUAAAGCCGGCAACAGCAGAUCGAGCUCAGCGGGAUCGAGGAAAGAAUGGAGGGACACAAUGAAAUGUUCAGAAUUUUGAACACUUCCAUUGAAUCUGCCUUUAAGUAUCACUGCUCUGAGAGAACCUGUGCAUCAACACUGCUACAAGCUCACCUGGAAUUGUGUGCUUUCCUAGCGAAGACUAUGACUGAUAAACAUGGCUCUAAUAAAAAUGGGAAGAAAGGAGAUGGGCCUUCUGGAAGCUCGUUCUUCACAUGGUUCAUGAUAAUUGCUUUACUUGGAGUCUGGUCAUCAGUAGCUGUUGUUUGGUUUGACUUGGUGGAUUACGAGGAUGUUCUGGCAAAAGCAAAGGAAUUCCGUUACAAUUUUUCAGAGGUAUUACAAGGGAAACUUGGAAUCUAUGAUGCAGAUGGAGAUGGUGAUUUUGAUGUAGAAGAUGCCAAAAUAUUGCUAGGAUUGAAGGAAGUGGAAGGGCCUAUUCCUGCUGAACGUUUUGGGAAAAGUGAAGAACCAGUUCAUGUGGCUGUGCAUCCACCAAUUGAGACAGAGACUGGAACAGAAGAACCUGAACCUAUUGAAGCUGCUGUGGCUCAGGAGUCUUUCAAAACCAAUAUAGAAGAGCCAGCAGAGGAGGAGCCAGAGCCAGAGCCAGCGGAGGAGGAGCCGGAGCCAGCGGAGGAAGAAACAAAUGAAUUUGAUGCUGGGGCUGAUGAUUCAGACGGUCCUGAAGCAGCUGAAGUUGAGUAUGAGGCUGAAUCUGAUUAUGAAGAAGCAGAUAUUCGAGAAGAGUCUGUGUAUGUGGAAGAUGAAGCAGUUUCUGAAAGAGAAGAGAUAGUAGGGGAUUCUGAACCUGAAGUUGUAGGCGUACCUGAAGACUCAUUCCCAGAGUCGGAAGUGAGAGAGGAAGAAGUUGAUGAUUACACUACUUCAGAUGAAGCAGUGCUCAAGCCUGAAGAAGUAGUCUCUGAACAAGAUAUUCCAGUAUAUGAAUCUGAAACUGAAGAUUUCUCUGAUCAAAUGGACGGUGAAGGUGAAAUAGAGGAAGACAUGCCAAUCAGUGAUGAAUUUAUUGAAGAUAAUGACCCAGAGCUUGAAGAUAAAAUGGAUGAAUUUUAUGCUGAAGAGAUGGAGUAUGAUCCAGGGACCGAUGACAUACAAGAAGCAUUACCUGUUCAAAAGAGAGAUGAAGAUGACUUAUCAGCCAAUACAUCUCAGAACUUGGAUGUGGAAUCUGAAAUCCAAGUUGCAGUACCUCUUCCUGAAGCAGUGGAAGAGCCUAUGGAGAAAGAGGAUGAUACUCUGGAGGCUACAAAAGAGCAUCCAGCUGAAGAAGAACAUGUGAAUUACACAGAAGAUUACCCAGAAGUGAGUGAACCCUUGGAGUCUGAACCCUCAGAGUCUGACCAUCUGGAAAUAACGGGUGAGCCGCAAGAGGAAGAAGUUAUAGCUGAACCAGAGAUUUCACCAUCCAAAGAUAAGCUAAAGGAAAUGUCAUCAGACAAAAGAUCUGACUCUGAAGUGAAGAAGGAAGAGAAAGUUCCAGCUAAGAAGAAGAAACCAAAACUCUUGAAUAAGUUUGACAAGACCAUUAAACCCGAAUUGGAUGCUGCUGAAAAACUGCGCAAAAAGGGUAAAUCUGAAGAAGCACUCCAGGCAUUUACUGAACUUCUCAGAAGAUAUCCCCAGAGUCCUCGAGCUAAAUAUGGAAAAGCACAGUCAGAGGAUGAUUUGGCAGAGAAGAUGCGAAGCAAUGAGAUCCUUCAAAGAGCAAUCACUACCUAUGGAGAAGUGGUUGACUUGCCAAAUCCAACUGCUGAUCUGGUGAAGCUGGCAUUGAAGCGACAGGCAAACAGACAACAGUUCUUAGGUCACAUUAAACGUUCUGUGGUGACUCUUAAGAAGCUGGUAUCCCUUUACCCAGAUGAUAUCUCAACUAGGAAUGAGCUUGGAGUGAGUUAUCUGUUAUUGGGAGACAACAGUAAUGCCAAGAAAGUGUAUGAAGAGGUUUUGGCCAUGGCUCCAAAUGAUGGAUUUGCUAAAGUUCAUUAUGGCUUCAUCCUCAAAGCUGCAAAUCAGAUAGCUGAGAGCAUUCCAUAUCUCAAGGAAGGAUUAUUGUCUGGAGACCCAGGCACUGAUGAUGGACGUUUUUACUUCCAUUUGGGAGAUGCAUUGCAGAGAGUGGGUGAUCAAGAGGCGUACACAUGGUAUGAACUGGGACACAAAAGGGGUCACUUUGCAUCAGUGUGGCAGCGUUCGCUCUACAAUGUGAAUGGACUUAAGGCUCAGCCUUGGUGGACGGCUAAAGAAACAGGGUAUACUGAACUGGUGAAGACCCUUGAGAAAAAUUGGAAGUUAAUCCGUGAAGAGGGUCUGAAUGUUAUGGAUAAAGAAAGCGGUUUUUUCUUGCCUGAAGAUGAAAAUUUGAGAGAGAAAGGAGACUGGGGCCAGUUUACAAUUUGGCAGCAAGGCCGUAGGAUUGAGAAUUCCUGUAAACAGGUUCCAAAAACAUGUGCCUUGCUGGAGAGAUUUCCUGAGACAACUGGGUGUAAACGUGGACAGAUUAAGUAUUCAGUUAUGCAGCCAGGGACUCAUGUGUGGCCUCACACUGGACCAACAAACUGCCGUUUACGAAUGCAUCUUGGCCUAGUUAUUCCUAAACAGGGAUGUAGAAUACGUUGUGCUAAUGACACCAGAGAAUGGAAGGAGGGAAAAGUGCUCAUCUUUGAUGAAUCUUUUGAGCAUGAGGUUUGGCAAGACGCUGUCAGCUAUAGGCUUAUCUUCAUAGUGGAUGUAUGGCACCCAGAGCUUACAGCCCACCAACGAAGAACACUUUCACCAAUUUAAUCACAUGUUUGGGACAUAAAGUGAAGGAGGAAAUAUUAGGAGUUGAGCUAACAUGAAGAAAUGAUUAUGUAAUGAAGUGUAGUGAGUUCAAUGAUAUUUUUUUAAACUCUUAGUACAGGGGAGUUUUCCACUGUUGAGGGAUGAUCUAUUUGGGGGGAAAAAAAAUUGAUUAAAUAAGAAGUCUCCAGGAGUAUUUUUUUAAGAGGACAUUUUUUAUAUUAAUUAAUGCAAACUUGA